AUGAAACGAGCACGCCAGGACAUCGAGUCGCCUUCCUCGACUGGUCACGUGGGGCUGGCAGAUCAAGGAAGGCUGCCAAAGAUCUCGAGGAAAGUGCAUGCUUGUACGGAAUGUCAGGCGAGGAAGAUCAAGUGUGAUGUUGGGCCUGAUAAGUCUGUGUGUACGAGGUGCUCGAGGAAGAAUUUGAAAUGUAUCGUCAACAAGAGUCUCCAGUCGCUGCUGGAAGAAGGGACAGAAUGGAAAGCAAACAUGGAGGAUAACACGCAAUGUCUGCAGCGUGCCGUCGCCAAAAUUCUGAGUGUAUUGGAGCUUCCGCCUUUGGAAACGUUCACACGACAAACCAUUGUCCAAGUUGUGUCGCCUGAAGCUGUUGCCGAACGGUUGCAAGCCAACCCUGAGCCAAGAGCCUCACGCACCGCUGUUAUGGCCAUGACGAGAGAACAUUCCCUGGAACCAGAAGCGAAUAAGAUCGAUGAUGCUCUGGCCUCUGCACCUAUGGGGAGUCUGUACGAAGUCACUAAGUUGAGAAACCUAAGGAGUAAUCCUACUGCAAAUGCUGGACCUGUGGUGGUCGAGGACUUUAUAUCGAAGGGCAAAAUUUCCGAGGCCGAGGCAGAGGAGUUAUUUGGCAUAUUCAGCCGAUCGCUGAACCACUACCUAUGGGGCGGCAUUGCACUUGUUCAUGACAAUUUGGCAUCCGUCCGCCAAUCCUCCUCGCUUCUGUUGGCUGCAAUACUUACGGUGACGGCCCUGCACAUCCCAGGAAGGGGCCAGACGUUUGAUGUAUGCUAUGCAGAGUUCAUAGCACUGGUCUGUGACUCGAUGUUCGAGCGCUACCACGUUUUGGACGGGAUCCGAGGGUUAUGUAUUGGAGCAUUCUGGCUAUCCGAUGUCAGCUGGAAAUUGUCAGGACAUGCAGUAAGGAUAGCAACAGAGCUGAAUCUCCAUCAGAGCUAUUCUCGUGCUCUUAGAGGCUCUCAAGAGCACAUUGAAGGAGCCAGACUGUGGUACUUUCUCUAUGUCUGUGAUCACCACUUCAGUAUUGCAUAUGGCAGGCCGCCCGUCAUUCACGAGAAUGAAACGAUCACCCAUCACGAACGAUUCUUAGAAUUACCAACUAUAACGCAGGCGGACCUACGCCUGCAUAGCCAAGUCGCCGUCUUUCUGAUCCUGACCAAAGUUUACAAUGCGUUUGGACCAGAUAUUGAGCAAGUCCUUUCCGAACAAGACCUCGUCCGACUUCGUCACUUCAAUGUCGACCUGGACUCUUGGAGAAUCAAAUGGGAGCCCCUUCUGGCACCGAACACAUAUGUUGCUUCAUACCCCGCUAAAGGCGUAAUCCUCCAUUUAAAUUUUGGCAAGCUACAGGUGGGCUCAUUGGCGCUCCGAGGAAUCAAACAACCCGCAGAACUUACGCAAGACCGAAGAGAACUUGCGGGAACAGCUGUACAUUGUGCAUUGGGAAUCCUCCAAAUGGUAUUGGAAGACACAGACGUGCGAAACUCAGUUGUUGGAGUUCCGAUCUAUCUCUCGACUAUGAUAACGUACUCAACGGUAUUUCUGCUCAAAGUGCAGCAGAAAUGGGGAGCAUUCAAGCUUGGGACAGAUCCAGUUCUGGUUCGAGAUCUUGUCACAAGGACGAUUAGUCUCUUGAGCGAAGUAAGAGCCGGCGAGCGACAUUUAACAGGCCACAUAGCAGCUGGUCUCACCAAAAUGCUGGAUCGAUAUACGGCAUGGGAAAACCACGGCCAUAACAACCCAUCAAAUGUCCAAAGGCACAACGAAGCAAAGCAAGAAAACAGCCAUCUUGACCCAGCCAUGUUUGAUUUUCCAGUUGACUACUCAACAUUUGGCAUGUUCGACAGCUCGCUUCCUCUGUACGAUCAGAAUUAUUUCCCGAUGGGCUUCUUCGAUGUCAUGGCGCCCACUUUUGAUGCAGGAAAUGGGCAUUGA